UAGAAAACAGGCGAAUGACGUCACAGUACAGACGGAGCCCCAGCCAUCGGCAGUCAGUGACGUUAUAGUACAGACGGAGCCCCAGCCAUCGGCAGUCAGUGACGUCACGGUACAGACGGAGCCCCAGCCACCGGCAGACAGUGAUACCACAGUGCUGAGAGAGGCGCUAAGGACCGUGACGACGUUCGACGCUCCGUCAGCCCUUGGCGAGGAUCAGCUGACGGCGCUUCUGCAGAGUCUUCCCCGCUUGGAGGAGCUGACCGUCAGGGUGCCGUCCUUCGGAACGGGGCGGUGGCUGCGGCUGCUGCCGACGUCACUGAGGACGCUAUACGUUGCCGGGCCGGAGGUGACGAAGCCGAGGUGGCCGGGACGGUACGGGAGUGGUCUGUCGGUAUCUCUCCAGGGGGUGGCUGCAGACACCAUCAGUCACCUGGCCACGGAGCUGGGGUCACGGAUUACCCUACUAGUCACGGAUGCACAAAUGACUACUAUCCCAAGUCAGCUUCGUGGUGCUAUCAUCAGGGUGGGCCCAAACACUAUCAUCCUUCCGGCCGGAGUCGGUGACAGCGAGCUGACGGAGCUGCGGAGCUCACGGGAGACUGUGAAGCGGCUGUCAGUUUCUGCCGCCGACCUCCCGCGACUGAGGGGGCAGCUGCCAGAGGGCCUCAGGUUCUUCAAUGUCAGAGGGCCGGAGGUGACGGAGCCGAGGUGGCCGGUAUGGGACGAGGAUGAUGAUCUGUCAGUGUCGCUCCAGGGGGUGGCUGCCGACACCAUCAGUCCCCUGGCUGACCUGGGACGGACGGUCACACGACUGGAGAUAUACGAUUGUACUGAUCACACGGCCGGCAGCCUGGAGCCCCUCACCAGGUGCACUGGGCUGGAGCGCCUAUCAGUCUCCGCCGCCGACCUCCCGCGACUGAGGGGACAGCUGCCGGAGGGCCUCAGGUGCCUCAAUGUCAGAGGGCCGGAGGUGACGAAGCCGAGGUGGCCAGUACGGUCCCAGUGGGGCGGUCUGUCAGUGUCGCUCCAGGGGGUGGCUGCCGACACCAUCAGUCACCUGGCUGACCUGCGACGGACGGUCAGACUACUGGAGAUAUACGUUGGCUGA